UCUUCUUCACUUGGGUUUUUCUGAGAGGACGAGCAUGGCGAAUAAAGAGCCCGGCGGUUUCCUGCAGCAGCUGCGGCAGAUCGCAGGCAGGAUGUCAUCGGGACCUCGGGGUGCAGGACUCGGCGUCAAACUGCUGAUCGGCGCUGGAGCUCUGGCUUACGGAGUGAAGGAAGCGACGUACACAGUUGAAGGAGGACAGAGAGCGAUCAUCUUCAACAGGAUCGGAGGGAUGCAGAUGGACACGGUUCUCUCUGAGGGACUCCACUUCAGGUACGAGGCGCCGCACGAAUAUACAGCUGCAUGUCAGAAAAUUACAAUAUCGUGAAAAAGUUACUUACUCUAAGUAAUCUAAUUCAAAAAAAUAAACCUUCAUAUAUUGAAUAUUCAUUACACAUAAACUGAAAUAUUUCAAGCCUUUUUUUGUUUUAAUUUUGAUGAAUAAGGCUUAUAGCUUUUUAAUAACUAUCAGAAAUCCAGCAUCUCAAAUUAUCAGAAUAUUUCCUAAGAUCAUUCAAAAGUAUGUUAAUUUAUAUACUAAGUACUUGGUUGGAGCUCCUUCACUCCGAAUUACAUGUCACUUUCUUAAAUAACUGAUAAACACUGAACUUUUUCAUGAUAUUCUGAUUUUUGAGAUGCAGCUAUAAACACACCUGCAGAGUUUUAAGGCAGUUCAAUCAUCAGGGUCCAAACAACGCCACGCCCAAACCGUCCCACGACCUCUCGUAAAGCUCUCGCCUUCACCUUCAUCUCCGCUAACAUCUGUCCGUAUGACGUUC